UCGCGUAGGCGGGACUUCCGGCCGCCGAAGUUUAACAGUCCAGGCGGGAGCCGGAAGCGGCGCGCGGAGCGGGCAGCGCCGUGGCCCCCUGUUGUCCCGCUACCCAAAGACUGCCUUGGGUUGUGAAAUCAUCACGUCAGAAUUACGUGUCUGAACUACAAGGCAAGCUAAGACGGUUGGAUAUUCUUAUAAUUGCCUUGGGGAUCAACUAAGAAUAUGUGAUUUGGCCUACGCUUUAGAAAGAUCAUUCCAACUACUUUGUGGUGCAACCAUGCAGGAAAACCUCAGAUUUGCUUCGUCGGGAGAUGAUAUUAAAAUAUGGGAUGCUUCAUCUAUGACAUUGGUGGAUAAAUUCAACCCACACACAUCACCACAUGGAAUUAGUUCAAUAUGUUGGAGCAGCAAUAAUAACUUUCUAGUAACAGCAUCUUCCAGUGGUGACAAAAUAGUAGUUUCAAGCUGCAAAUGUAAGCCUGUUCCACUUUUGGAGCUUGCUGAAGGGCAACAGCAGACAUGUGUUGAUUUAAAUUCCACAUCUAUGUAUUUGGCAAGUGGAGGCCUAAAUAAGACUGUUAACAUUUGGGAUUUAAAAUCAAAAAGAGUUCAUCGAUCUCUUACGGAUCAUAAAGAUGAAGUAACUUGUGUAACAUAUAAUUGGAAUGAUUGCUACAUUGCUUCUGGAUCUCUUAGUGGUGAAAUUAUUUUACACAGUAUAACCACUAAUAUAUCUAGUACGCCUUUUGGCCAUGGUAGUAACCAGUCUAUUCGGCAUUUGAAGUACUCAGUGUAUAAGAAAUCGCUACUGGGCAGUGUCUCAGAUAAUGGACUAGUCACUCUCUGGGACGUGAAUAGUCAGAGUCCAUACCAUAACUUCGGCAGUACACACAAAGCUCCAGCUUCAGGCAUCUGUUUUUCUCCUGUCAAUGAACUGCUGUUUGUAACCAUAGGCUUGGAUAAAAGAAUCAUCCUGUAUGACACUUCCUACAAGAAGCUAGUGAAAACUUUGGUGGCUGAUGCUCCUCUGACUGCAGUCGAUUUCAUGUCCGAUGGAGCCACUUUGGCAAUUGGCUCGUCCCGUGGGAAAAUAUAUCAGUAUGAUUUAAGGAUGUUGAAAUCACCCGUUAAAACCAUCAGCGCUCACAAGACGUCUGUGCAGUGUAUAGCAUUUCAGGGCUCCACUGCUCCUCCUAAGUCAAGUUUAAGUAAAGGCUGCUCAAACAAGGCCGCAGCCCUGAACAAGCGGAGCGUUACCGUGAGCUCGGCCGGGGGCGGGGCGCAGAAUUCCGGGGUUGUCAGGGAAGCCGCCCCCGCUGCCGGCACCGCGGUUCUGUCGAAGCCCCUGACGGCAGCUGCGGCCAAAGGCAUCACUAGCACUCAGGACAAAGCAGGUUUGCCUCGAAGCAGAAGUACAGAUAUUUUGUCUAAGGAAACAGACAGUGGAAGAAGUCAAGAUUUCUCCAGCUUUGAUGACACAGGGAAAAGUAGUUUAGGUGACAUGUUCUCACCCGUCAGAGAUGAUGGUGUCGUUAACAAGGGAAGUGAUGAGUCUGUAGGCAAAGGCGAUGGCUUUGACUUUCUCCCACAGUUGAGCUCAGUGUUUCCUCCAAGAAAAAAUCCAGUAAAUUCAAGUACUCCAAUAUUGCAUUCUAGUCCUCUUAAUGUCUUCUUGCCAUCCCCGGGGAAAGAAGAAAAUGAAAAUCAGGAUCUGACAGCUGAGUCUAAGAAAACCUAUCUGGGAAAGCAGGAACCCAAAGAUUCCUUGAAACAGUUUGCAAAGUUGAUCUCCUCUGGUGCUGAAACUGGAAAUCUGAAUACCUCUCCAUCCUCUAACCAAACAAGAAAUCUCGAGAAAUUUGAAAAGCCAGAGAAAGAAAUUGAAGCCCAGUUGAUAUGUGAACCCCCAAUAAAUGGAUCUUCAACUACAAAUCCAAAGAUAGCAUCCUCUGUCACUGCUGGAGUGGCCAGUUCCCUGUCAGAAAAAAUAGUUGAUACAAUUGGAAGCAGUCGACCAAAUGCACCACUGACAACUGUUCAAAUCCGCUUUAUUCAGAACAUGAUCCAGGAGACCCUGGAUGACUUCAGAGAAGCGUGCCACCGGGACAUUGUGAAUUUGCAAGUGGAGAUGAUUAAACAGUUUCAUAUGCAACUGAAUGAAAUGCACUCUUUGCUGGAAAGAUUCUCAGUGAAUGAAGGUUUAGUGGCCGAAAUAGAAAGACUACGAGAAGAAAACAAAAGACUUCGGGCUCACUUCUGAAAUUUCCGCAGAUACCUUAACGUUUAAUAAUUUGUGAAGUUUCUGGCAACACAGGACUACGUAGAGUCAGUACUGUGUGCAUGGCCUGGGGCGGAGGCCAUGUUUUCUUCAGGUUGCAGCGUGUUGAAAUUUUGUACCAACCAUCAUUUCAUCUUCUCUGUCAAAAAUAUGUAUAUUUUUAUAUUAAAUACUACAAUACAUCAUCUGCCUUAAGAAAAUCCACAGGGUCUUUAUUUUCUGAAAGCUUUAAUAACUAUACACCAAGUGUCCUUUUUCAUGAGCAAAGAAAGUUGCAUAAAAAUCAGUUAUGUUUGGUUUUUACCUUUUUUUACUGAUAUAUAUUUGAUUGGCAAAUUACCUUACAAAUUUUGGAGGUGUAGUUGAGAUUUAAAAACUUUGAUAUCCUUUGUAUUUUUAUGCAGAAAGAAAUUUUAAAAUGACAUUUGAUUUUUUUAAGCCACUGAUGACUAAAACCACAGAGUUGGCUCGUAAUUUUUUUGUUACCUUGAUGACAUCAAGUGUGACUAUUUAUUACUUACAUGUGGUAAUUUCUUAAAUCUUGAAUUGUACAAAUAAACUAUAUCUUUUGCAUUUGUGCUACUGUACUUUUGCUAGCUCUCUACUCUUGCUUGGUAUUUAUUAGCUAACUUUGUGAGCGCUAAUAUAUCUGCUGAUCAUUUUAUGAAUUAAUAACGUAAAUUUAUACUACAAAGCUUUCAUCACCAUGACUCAGCUUAAAAUCUGAAAAUUUCAUAUUAGUUGCAAAAUAUUACAGUAUUGUUGCUUCAUUUUUCCCCCAAGUGAAAAGUGGAUUAUUUUGUUCUAUGGUUUGUGGCAUAAACUUCUUCUAAUUCUUUGUUUGUCAUGAAUAUUUUUAAAUUAUUGGCCUUAGCAUAAGAUUAUUUAUAAAGAUUCAUUGUGAAAAGAAUUUUCACUUCUUUGGCAAUAGUUGGCCAUAUACAGCUACCUGUGUGAUCUCUACUUUCAGUGUCCUAAGAUUAGGACAUCUACUUGUUCAUGUUACUGUUGUCUUUUGCCCAAUGACUUAAACUCUGUAUCAUCUGGGUAGCUCUGCUGCUCUGUUUUGGAUUCUGGGUUGAAAAUAUUUACCAGAAUUAAAAAAAAAAAAAA